UAGUGAACGUGUUGUUCUCGGGCAGAGAGGAGAUAAAGUGUCGGUAAUCCUUCCUCAUGUGACUCAUAGUAAUAAUCACUUCAUAACGAAGAGAGACGUCUGUGUUGGAGCAGGUGAGACAGAGGCAGGGAGGAAGAGCUGCUCAGUCCCCAACAUUCAACCUCAACAUCCUCCGGGCCUGACAGAGGUGAUCCAGCACAGAGGCAGAGAACAACACAGGAGGAGAAGUGGUUGGGGUUUUUGUUUGGAGGGGAGAGUUUAAAGUCGUAUGAUGUCCGUUGUUGGCGCGCAGCCUUUCAUCAAACCAAUGCAGCCAACACCUUCUGUUUCGCCUGGCGGCCAAAGGAGACACACACUUCCCGCAAGCGAAGUCCGACCGCUCAACACCCAGGAUGCCAUAAGCGUCUUUGAGAUCGAGCGAGAAGCAUUUAUCUCAGUGUCAGGUGAGUGUCCUCUCCACCUGGACGAGGUGCGUCAUUUCCUCACACUGUGUCCGGAGCUGUCCAUGGGCUGGAUUGAGGAGGGCCGGCUGGUGGCUUUUAUCAUCGGCUCUCUCUGGGACCAGGACAGACUCACUGCAGACGCACUGACUCUCCACAAACCCCGCGGCUCCACCGUCCACAUCCACAUCCUCGCCGUCCAUCGCACCUUCAGGCAGCAGGGCAAAGGUAACAUUCUGCUGUGGCGUUACCUGCAGUAUCUCCGCUGCCUGCCCAACGUGCGCCGAGCAGUGCUCAUGUGCGAAGACGACCUCAUUCCUUUCUACCGCAAGUCAGGCUUCAAGGUGCUGGGGCGCUGCGCCAUCACCGUGGCCAACAUGACGUUCACUGAGAUGUGGUACCCCAUCAGCGGCCACGCGUACAUGCGGCGCAACAGCGAGGCCAUCCGUUUCCCUCAUCAUCUCUUGACUCAGCAUCCCUUGACUCUGCCACUGGAAAAGACUGACGAACAGACUGACGUAUGACAUGGUGAUGUUUGUCACUUAGAUAUCUGCACAGGUUGUCUUUCAUUUUAAGGGUCCCAUAUUAUGCUCAUUUUCAGGUUUAUACUUGUAUUUUGGGUUUCUACUAGAACAUGUUUACAUGCUUUAAUGUUUAAAAAACAUUAUUAUCAUACUCUGUCUGAAAUUAUCUGUAUUCACCCUCUGUCUGAAACGCUCAGUUUUAGCACCUGUCUUUUAAAAAAAAUCCCUCUUGAAAAAGCUGCUCUGAUUGGUCAGCACUUCCGGGUCUCUCUGUGGGAAUAUACAUAUAUAUAGUUGUAAAAUCACAAUCAUACAAAGUCCUGAUGGCUCGUUUAAAGGCACAGUUUCUGAAUACAUUUCUAUUGAGCGUUUCGAUACUUUCACAGUAUUAAUAGAGCACCUCGACCUGCUUUAUAAUUAAAAAAAUACUCACUUUUCUCACUUUUUAUAAUAUGGGACCUUUAACAUCAGUGUUGCACUCGGUCCGGUUCUUUCUGUUUAAGUGUCUGUAAAACCUUUUUUCUCUUGUCUCAUACUGAAACUAUCUCUGUGUAAAAUGAUCUUACUGUGUACAAUAAAAGCAAGAAUGUACUAUAUGUAUUAUAUGUAAAGUCACUCUGUUAGACUGUGAGAGGAGUACUGUGUUGACAAAUAACUGGAGUUACACUGCGUAGACAUUUGGACAUUAAGCUGUCUCCUGCUUAGCACCUUUCUGGGCUCUCCACAACUGUGGACUGACGUCAGCAACCAGGCUUUAGCUGCUCAACCCCAGCUCCUCCAGCACUAUUAAGGGGGCUUUAGCUAAAGUAAACAGAGGAAUUAGAAGGGACUGCACAUCCAGACUUUGUAUUGUGAUGUAGUUUUUUGUGUGUGUGUGUGUGUGUGUGUGUGUGUCACAGAAUCACAAUUCCUGCACCAUUUCAAUUAAAUCUUUUAUACUGUUUUUAAGGUGAAAAUGAAUGUUUUUGAUUUUAUCUGAAACAAAAUAUAAAUUCUGUACAUGUGCACUGAUUGACGAGUCUAUCUAAUUAAACAUUCCCUUGAAAACUUCA